AUGGCGACUCCCAGAGGAAAGUCACCAACUUCUGUCCGCAUGGAAAAACAUCGUGCAUUGUACAAAAAUACAAGCCCACAAUGGCGAGAUACAUACAGAAAACGAUGUUUUCAACGCCUCCGCAACAGUAGAGAGAAUCUCCUACAGAAGUUCCGUAGUGGGGUUGAUGGAUCCUCCCCAGGGGCCAGUAGCCCUGGACGAGGCUCAGUGGUCAGUGAGGUUAUGGCAGAGGAAUGGAAGCUGAUGCAAUGGGAACACAGACAGGCCAGUGUUGAGAUGAAAACCACCCAUGGCUGCAAUCCAGAUGAUUCUAUGGAGGACCUGAACAAGGAUGGGUUUCUUUCCCUAAUGGAAGAUAUUCAAGCAGAACUCAUGAUAGAAGAGAAUGCCAUCAUAGCAGAAUAUGAAGCCAGUUUGCAAUUAGCGGAAGCGUCACUCAGUGCCACAGUAGAACAACUCCACUCAGAUGAUCUCAUAUGCCCCAUCUGCAAAAGAAAUCCUCUGAUGUUAAGUAAAGGGAUAAUUUUCUGCUCUUGUGGAACAAGGAUAAACACAGAGCAAGACUGCCUGACCCUGGCCAAUGUCAGACAACAGCUGGAGGAGGGAGUGAGUCAGCACAGUGGAAGAUGCCAUGGCCAGCCUGAGUUUACAAUCACCGAUGCCUUCAAUGCACACAACCUCUUAUUAUCUUGUCAGAUGUGUGACUUCCUAUUCAUUGUGAUUUAAACUCAACCUUUUGAGUGACCGAUGCAGCGACUGAACAAAUGAAUUCCGACACCGAGAGAAACCAGUGCUAGAGAUUACACAGGUUGGCUGAAAAAAUUGCACUCUCACAAAGCACUAAGAUUCACCCUAACUUUUGUCAGUGCCUACUUUCUUUUGCAUUUGGAUUCUAAAAUGCCCAGCUUUUAAAAUGUUUUCAAAGUUCUCUUUUGAAAAAAGACCCAGCAUAUGCAAUAACCAAGUUGUGAAAGUUAAUUGUCAUUCAGUCAUCAGUCACAACACAAAAGCUUUAAACAGUAUUUCCAUGUUUUCUAUAGCAUUGUCAGCCGAGAAGUUGUAAACCUGCACCAUUCAUUGUUGAUAAAGAUUUGUGUACAUAUUCAAGACUUAUAUUUAUAACUUAUAUGAUUGUGAUAUUCUAUGUGUAAGCAACUUAACGUUCAUAAAAUGACGGAAGGUUUACAUUUGGUAAUCACUCUUAAAAUUAAUGGCAAUAAAAACUCAUCGGUUAAAAGCCUACAGCAGCAUUCGAUAGCAAAAAACUUUUGAAAAAUACCUUUUUAUUUCACUUCAAAGUAAUCUGGUUGUGUAAAAAGAUGUCAUUUUUUUUCACUCAAAAUUUGAAUCUGAGAAGCGUUACUGUCAGCAAUGUGCUCAGAUUGUGUACAACUAUUAGGAUUAUUAUUCCUGCAUGGACAUAAUCAUUGCGGGUUUUCGGCGAUAUCUCAAAACGCAAUCACCUUUUGAAAUAAACUUGUUCACAUAUCAGUUUUAUUGUAUACAUCUACAUAUAGGAUAAAACAAUCUAACACUUCCCAAAACCAAAUGUGUACUUUGCCUAUAAAUCAAAGGAGUGAACUUGUAAUUUUUGUUUUAUAAAAAUGUUUGUUUCUAUUCAGCAUUAUUUUGAGUUGAUUACUGUAAACUAACCAUGUUAACACAUAUUUUGAAAAUAAAAACCACAAAAAGGACACCUUUUUUGUUUUCUACUUUUUACAUUUUAUUUACAAUCUGUACAUUCAAAUGAUCUUGUCCCAUGAGUUUUCAUCUUUGCAAGGUGGAUCACUGAAAGCCCAUUCACAGAUGAUGUCAUCAUUCAAAGCAUCACUGGUGUGGUUUUGAGUCCAUAAAAUGCACAUAAUUGGGCCUAGAAGCAAUCAAAGAAAGUUUACUGGUCAUGCCCACAAUGUGUUGUUUUGUGCUACAGACUUUGUGGAAAGGUUUGGGGUAACGCCAUGUAAUGACUAUCUCUAAAUGAGUUUGGGUGGUUCUUUUCAGAACCCCAACUCAUUUAGAGA